AUGUACCGCUCCCAUCUAUCCACUAUCGAUCGUGGAAAUAACAACACCGAGCUCACCUCUACUACAGGAAAGCAGGGCUUUUUUACCCAUCUUCAAGCUCAAGUCUCUGCUGCUAACAACAACACUACCGCACUUUCCAUGUCUCAUUAUCAGCCACAACGUUCUCUUCCGCAGCAGCAGCAGCAACAGCAGCAGCAGCAACAACAACAUCAACAAAAUGCAUUUUCUGCCCAACUUAACACAACACAAUUCACUACAUCCAGCUUUGCAGAUGACCCCAGAAACCUCUUCCCAACCACUUCGGUAAAGCUUGGCGGUAUCACCUCUGGAAAUCCUGGAGCUGACAUUGAUAAUGAUAAUGAUGAUGACUCAGUAUCUUCUUCCGAUGGAAACUUCAAACCUCCAGUCCUUAGUGACUAUGCUCACUCUCUUUUCUCAGAUUCUCGACAUCAUCAACAAUACCACCCUAUACCCACUUCCCAUAGACAUCCCUCAGGCGGUCUUACAAUGAAUGAAAAUUACGAUACUAAUGUCACACGGCCUGGAAGUACCUCCAAUACUGGACUUUUCAACCCUACCGUGGCCUCCACCCAUUCAAAUUCCAGCUCAAGUAAUAACACAAACAAUUCUAUUUCAAACCCAUCAUUACGCAUCGGUGCCACAAAUUAUUCAGGCAGCAGUCUUCACGCUCAUCAACUCCUACACCAUGGUAAUCACACCACAUCGUCUCCAAUCAAUGGCACUCGCCAACAACACGAAAUGAAGAGACACCUCAACAGAACUCGUCACUCAACUGUCCACGAUUCAAACUUGACUGAAAACUCAACAGGAAGUACCAGCUCUAGCAAUAACGAUGGCCAUCAUAACAAUAACAAUAACAAUUUAGGGAAUUUGAACAAUAACAGUAAUAGUCAUAGUCUUCAUCAUCCUCAAGGUCGCCUUAGACAUUAUAGCAGCUCAGGAAGUAAUAAUACAAGUCUUAGUAUUGAAGGAAUCCAACAGCAUCCUAAAAUGCAAGAUUACGAUUCUCCUGUUAGAGCUUCUGGCCCUUCGCGGCUCGGUGAUCGCCUAGACUCAAAAUCUCAACCUGCGGCAAAUUCUUCAAAUAUUCCUGAUAUUGACCAUUACGGUAACAACCACCCACCACUCUCCACUUCACCAAUACCCUUACCCACCAAUCUGGCUAACAACAACAACAACAACAACAGCAGCAGCAGUAGCAGCAAUGGCAACAACAACAACAACAACAACAACAACAAUAAUAAUAAUAAUAAUAAUAAUAAUAAUAACACCAACAAGGCCACUGCCCGCUACUCUACAACAAUCAGUGCCAAUUACACGGCACAACUCUUUGCUCAAGAUUCCACUGACGCUCCACACGUGGCCACCUCAUCACCACCAACUAUCUACCAAACCGCUCACAUGAAUGCAUUCACAACACAUUUUUCUAAAAACUCAGUUGCGCUCUCCUCUUCGGCCUCCGCACUCUAUUCUGGAAACGGUUCCUCUUCAAACCAACAGCCCCCAGUCCCUCCAAUGCCCGAAAAUGAAGUCUUGAGCCAAUCAUACGUCUUGCAAACCCCGGCUGUAGCAAAGUCUAAUGGCCGUUUGACGUUUAAUGAAAUUAGAGCAAGCAGCACCGUCCGUUCAAAACGAUUUGGUCGUGGCCUCGGCCCUCCAAUGAGAGUCAGCAGAGCAGACAGUGGUGAUUUAAUACCCGCAGCUGAAUCAAAGGCUUUGAUCUCUUCUUCUGCUUCUUCCUUGAAUCCCCUACCUAUUCCUGGCUCGCUCGAUGAUGGUGGAGCAAAACAAAUGACCAUGUCUUCUUCAAAUGAUGCUGCUUUCCUUUCCAGCAGCAGCUCCGGUAUGUCCCAGUCUUCCAGCAACAGCGACAAUUUUCAUGAUAGCUACACGUCACAUGUUCCACCAGAACAAAAUGGGACCCAUGAAACUGCAGAUGAGGAUGAAGACGAUGAUGAUUACGAUGAUGAUGAUGAUGAUGACCAACCAAAGCCUCACACACCACUCUUAAAGCCUUCGUCAUAUCAUUUAGAUGCUCUCACAGAAGCUUACAGCACAGCUAUUUCACCUCACCCAACCCCAUCUGCCGGCCAAGCAAAAGCUAACUCAAAUGAAGAAAAUUCUCAUAAUUCUGAUGAUGUUAUUCCGGAAGAAGAAGAAGAAGAUCAUGAUAUGUAUCCUCUUCCCAACGAUAAUAACCAGGAGCUUUCCAUGAGUGAAAGAGCUCGAAUCGAUCUUGAAGAUAAAAUUGAGCGUGAACUAACUUUGGAACGUCAACAUGAAGAACUCAAAUAUUAUCUUGAUUCACAACAACAAAAGGCAGCAGCGGCAGCGGCAGCAGUAGCAUUAACAUCAUCAUCAGCAGCAGUACCAUCAGCAGCUUCAGCAACAACUGCAUCGGUAACUUCGGCAUCAGCAGCUUCAGUAGUAUCAACCUCUGCAACUUCUGUCUCUGCUUCCAACACUGGCAUAUCUACAGGCGGUGCACCAACAACCGCAUCUUCGGCAUCAACACCAAUUGCUAGAGAACAAACAUCGUCGGAUCAUCAAAGUUUAACUCCACAGCCCCAGCGUGUUUCACAAGAUCAGUUACUGCGGCAACAGAAGCAGCAACAGCAACAGCAACAGCAACAGCAACAACUACAACAACAACAACAACAACAACAACAGCAGCAGCAGCAACAACAACAACAACAACAACAACAACAGCACUUUCAGCAGCAACAAUUCCAGUCGCAACCCCACCAGCUCCAUCAAUCCAAGGCAAUGCCAUCUAAGAAACCCAAAAACAUUGUCUACGUAAAUGGUCAAGCUUACCAGCGACUGGAACUCAUUGGAAAGGGCGGAUCUUCCAAGGUUUACAAGGCUCAAUCGGUUAAUGGUCGCGUGUAUGCCAUCAAGCGUGUUUCAUGCGACGAGGAUAUUGACGAUAUGGUUCUCAAGGGCUUCAAGGGAGAAAUCGAUCUGCUAAAGCGGCUUAAGGAUGAAGAACGAGUUGUUAAGCUUAUUGACUUUGAAAUGCGGGCUACUUCAAUCUACGUGGUGAUGGAGUGUGGUGAAAUUGAUCUUGCUCACGUUUUGAAUGCACGCUUAUCGCUUCCACUUGACAUUUCUUUUGUACGUUAUUAUGCUAAUGAAAUGUUUCGAUGUGUUGCGGCUGUCCAUAAGCACGGAAUUGUACAUAGUGACUUGAAACCGGCAAACUUUUUGCUUGUUAAGGGCAUGCUGAAAAUCAUUGAUUUUGGCAUUGCUAACGUUGUCCCGGACUACACAGUCAAUGUGCACCGCGAUGCACAGAUUGGCACACCCAAUUACAUGGCCCCGGAGGCUCUUUUGGAUGCAAGUCAUGUGUAUGCCAACACAAGCACACCUUCAGCUCCAACAACAACAACAACUAGUGGAGGUAGCAUUGAGAGCUACCGUAGUAUGAACCCUGCAGCCCAGCGCCCUAAAACAACUACAAAGUUUAAGGUGGGCCGGCCGUCAGAUGUUUGGAGUUGCGGAUGCAUAAUCUACCAAAUGAUUUACGGGCGCCCGCCUUAUAGCGACUACAAGGGCACGCAGCGGAUGCUGGCCAUCAUUAACCCGGAGGUGCAAAUUUCAUACCCACGACAAGGGUCUGGAACUGUGCGUGUGCCUAAGGAAGCCAUUGAGGCCAUGCGUGGAUGUCUUGACCGAGACCCGACGCAGCGGCUGACGAUUGAGGCAGCGGUUAAUGGCGGCUUUCUAAACCCACAGGCUGUUGACCGGCGAUUUAUUCAUGACUUAUUGGGUCAUGCUGUCAAGUAUGGGGCCGAGCGUGGUAAUAGUAUCACGGCGAAGGAAGUUGAGAUGCUCACUGAUAAUGUGUGGAAGAAGAUUCAAGUAUCCAACAUGUAA